AUGACGGAGCCAAGAGUGAGCGUCCGCGGAGGCCGCACCGCCCGCAGCACCGACGUCCGCAAGACCCGGUCGCCGGUCGUCGCCACCCAACCGCCGCCUACGGAGCGCCGAGGGCAACGUCGCAGAGACGAUGACGUCGUCGUCACUGUCACCGAAGAACAGGAGGCCGGGAACGAGGCCGGUCCCGAGGGCGUCCCCGAGACACCCGUCGUAGCGACGGCAGCGCCUUCUCCCUCCGCUCCCGUCCCGCAGCAGCAGCAGCAGCAGCAGCAACAGCAGCAGCAACAGCAGCAGCAACGCAGGGUGCGCAAGCAGGCAAUGCGCAUCGCCCACCGCCUACGGCAGCAACAGGAACGCCGAGACGCGGCUCUCCCCCGCGUCGUCGAGGCGGGUUUCGGUGACCGACCCCCGCCUGGCGAGUCUUCCUCGAGCGCCCCAGGCUUCACGUGGGUGCUGUCCUCACUGGCUGGUGCCUUCGUAACUGUCUCCGUUCUCAUAGGCGUGGUCGGCUUCUUCGUCGUCAACAUUCACUCGGGCUGGUCUGCAGCGGUCAGCGCGACCGGCAGCGGCCGCACGUCGGUUGUGUGCUACUGGAACUCCUCCAGCCUGCUGCGGGCGGCACCCAAGGACUACGACCUGGGAAAGCUGUGCGCCCACUGCUGCACCCACCUCGUCUACAUGACCGCCCAGCUGAGCCCCGACGGAGAGCAGCUGCGGUUCCCCGAGGACGACACCGGGCUCAAGUCGGUGCGCGACAUGGACGCGUUGAAGACGAGCCACCCGCAGCUGAAGCUCGUGCUCUCCCUGCGGCUGGAGGGAUCCGGGGUGCACAACCUGACCGUCGGCGCGGAGGCGCCGUCCAGGCGCUCCCACCUUGCCGAACGCGUGGGCCACUGGCUGUCCGAGUUCAACUUCGACGGCGUCGAGAUCGACUGGGACCGGCUGCCGGUCGACCUCAAGCCCGUCUACGUGGACUUCGUCAGGGCGAUGCGUAUCGCGAUGAAGAAGGUCCGCAUGCUGACCCUAGUGAGCGUCCACAUGAAGUGGGGGCCUUCGUACGACGUAGAAGCCCUACACGGCUUGAGCGACCUGCUGAUCGUACACGCGUACUCCAAGGAGGAGGCCCCCAAGACCGCCGUACCGCCGAUCAUCUUCAAGGAAGACCUGGUGGAGGCGUGCGAGGCGUUUCUGGGAGAGCUACGCUCGCGACAACGGGUGGCCCUGGCGUUGCCGCUGUUCGGUUACGCCUACCGGUUGCGAAAUAGCGCGCGGUACGAGCUGCACGCCGCCGUCCGGGGUCCCGCGCCUCCGGGACCGUUCACCGACGAGCGGGGUCUACUCGCCUAUUUCGAGAUCUGCCUAGAGUUCAGCUCCGACUUGUGGGUCUCGCUGUACGACAAGGAAGCCGACUGCAAGAUCGCCGUCAACAGGGACAAGGGACAGUGGAUCGGAUACGACAACAAGGCCACUAUUCUCAACAAGGUGCUGUUCGCCAAGCGCAUGCGUAUGGGCGGCAUCGCCGUGGUGACCGUCGACAUGGACGAUUACAACGGCGACUGCGGUCAGCGCAAUGUGCUGCUCGGUCAGCUGCACAACGCGCUCAACGAACUUGACCGGCCAAUCAAGCGGCUGUCGGCCAACCUCAGCCUGCCUCCGCAGGCGGCGACCACUCGCGUCGCCGGGGCACAGCAAGGGGACCGCGGGGACCGUCUGACGUCCGCUACACCUGGCGGACGUCGCCAAGCCUAACGCGGACAUCGCUAAGCCUAACGCCUCCAAAUGCGGGGCUGCCGGGAAAUCGCCCACGUUUAUUGCGAGUGCUUCCGGGCAAGAAAACACGUGCGAAGAAUGUGCAUGAAUUAAAACGAACCUAUGGCGUACUACGACUUAUGCCACACAAA